AUGCAGGGUGCUUCUGGGGCCCUGCUGCCGGCAUUGGGAGAUGCGCUCUGGGCAGUGGCCGCGCUGGCCGCUCAUCGAGAUCUCCGACGGCUUGCGCACGUCUCCCCUGCUGUGAACGUGCUGCUCUCUCCGGUCGCGGAAAGAACGGCGAGGAUCUCGGAGCUGACGCGGUCUCUGAGCUGCCUGCCUGUGCAGUUCGCUUUCCCCUUGGCGAGCUUGGGCCAAAAAUGGCUUGAGGAGGCCUUGGCGAGGUUCGGCACCUUGAAACUGCUACGCCGGCGUGAAAAGGCAGGUCAGCUCGCAGGCUGGGUCCCUACGGAGGAGGACCACUGGCCCGCCUUGUCCAGGGAAGCUUUGUUGUGUGCUUUGGCUGCUGUUCGAGCAGCCAAGCCAGAAAACAGACUGCUCUUCGCGGCGGUCCUGAGACAACAGCCACUGCUGGCGGAGGAAGCAGAGGAGGGAGAAAGGCCAGAAAGGACAGAGAUUUGGACUGCACCCUUGGCUUUUGAGUGGGCCGAUGGUCCAGCUGCAGACCCUUUGCAGAUGGCACUGCAGCUUUGUUUCCUCGAGGGUGAAGCACGACUUAACCUCGAGAUGAUCUCAGGCGGCUGGUCGGAUUGGUCAGAGCGCUGGUCAACACAAGCUGGCACACUCGAAGCUACUGUGACGGUAGUGGCUAUGCUUCCAAACGAGAGCCACCUCCUUCUGGAAUCCACUGGCAACUGCUCAAUGAUGGCUGGCACACCACCUGACGGAGCUGACACAGAGUCCCUCCGCCGACUUCUGGAAAGUGGUCUGCCUGCUGUCGUUUCUCUGGGCAUGCUCCGCUGGGGCAACGACUGUCCGGCUUGGAGACCGAAGGAACUUCGUCGCAUUGAGAGGAAGUCUGCGUGA